CCGGUUAUUCUUUUUUAUCUUUGGCGAAAAAAAAAAAAGGUUAUUCAGGUUCUCUUUUUUCUCUAUCGUAUCUCUUGAAGAAAAGGAAAAAAAAAAAGCUGGAACCAAUACGAUAAAAAGCCCAAAAUUUCUUGAGAACGCAAUUCUUUUCUUAAUUUCACCACAUGUCUGUCAACGAUCGAGGCAAUAUGUCAGAGUGGGAGCUUUCCGCAGACGGCACAUAUUGGACUUUUACAAGCACUCUCGAGAAAUCGGACAACGAUGAUCGAGACUACCGACUGAUUAAGCUCGCCACCAACGAUUUGCAAGUUUUGCUGGUUCAUGACAAAGACACCGACAAGUCGAGCGCGGCACUUGACGUUCAUGUGGGUCACUUGAGCGAUCCGGAGGAUUUGCAAGGAUUGGCCCAUUUUUGUGAACAUUUAUUGUUUAUGGGAACUGAAAAAUAUCCCAAGGAGAACGAUUACAACCAGUAUUUGGCUGAGCACUCGGGGUUUUCAAAUGCUUUCACGGGCGUGGAAGAUACAAACUACUACUUUGAAGUGGGACAUGAAUAUCUGGAGGGAGCUUUGGAUCGAUUCGCUCAAUUCUUUAUCAGCCCCUUAUUUUCAGACAGCUGUACGGAAAGAGAACUGAAAGCAGUGGAUUCUGAACACAAGAAGAAUAGACAACAAGAUUCUUGGCGCAUGUUCCAGUUGGAGAAAGCGCUUAGCAAUCCCGAUCAUCCUUACUGCCAUUUCGGUACGGGCAAUCUCGAGACAUUGCAGGACAAUCCUCGUCAUGCUGGCAAGAACACUCGCGAUGAAUUGUUAAAGUUCCACGAUUCUUACUACUCGGCAAAUAUCAUGAAACUCUGUAUUCUUGGACGAGAAUCCCUCGACGAAUUAACACAGUGGACGGUGGAGAAAUUCAAGAAUGUCCGCAAUAAGAACAUCCAGCCUCCCAGUUUCCCUGGUCAUCCGUUGACGAAAAACGAACUUAUGAAACAAAUUUUCAUCAAACCUGUGAAAGAUGUGCGAUCUCUCGAAAUGACGUUUCCUUUUCCAGAUCAGCGGCCAUUGUUUGCAAGCCAGCCGGGCCGUUACAUAUCGCACUUGAUCGGGCAUGAGGGUCGCGGGUCCAUUCUCUCGCUACUCAAGAAAAAUGGAUGGGCGAAUUAUCUUCAAGUGGGUACCAUCCAUGGUGGCAUUGGUUUCGAGUUUAUGCGUAUCAGCAUUGAUCUUACAGAGGAAGGUUUAGCACAUUAUAAGGACGUCAUUGUUGUUAUCUUCCGUUACAUUGAAUUGUUGAAGCGCUCGGGUGUGCAAGAAUCUGUGUUCAAGGAAGUACAAUCAUUGGCUUCCCUUGCUUUCCGUUUCAAGGAAAAAUAUCCGCCAUCGCAGUAUACUUCCCGGUUGGCCGGUCUCAUGCAACACGGUUACCCUUCCAAUUGCGUCUUGAGUGGUCCAAGCUUGAUUCGCAAGUAUGAUCCUGAGCUCAUCAGCGACAAUCUUAAUUGGCUGCGUCCAGACAAUUUCCGUAUUAUGCUUGCUGCUCAGCAUCCCCCGGGUGGCGUUCAAUUUACCAAGAAGGAGAAAUGGUAUGAUACAGAGUAUGAAGUUAAGGACUUUAGUGAAGACUUGAUCAAGUCCUUGGAAAAUGCUGGUUUAGACAAGUCGUUGCAUCUUCCUCCAGCCAAUGAUUUUAUCCCAACCGACUUUGAGACACAUAAAAAGCAGGUGGAUCAACCCGCCAAGCGUCCUACACUCAUUGAACAUACACCAACCAUGAGACUCUGGCACAAGAAGGAUGACAUUUUCUGGGUGCCACGAGCAAAUGUCUGGAUCCUUUUCCGCAGUCCUCUUGCUUAUGCAACACCGACAAAUUGCGUCAAGACAAGAUUGUAUACGGAUUUGUUGAAGGAUUCCUUGAAUGAAUAUGCUUACGAUGCCGAAGUGGCUGGAUUAUGCUAUAAUAUUGAGAAUCAAUUGGAAGGAAUGCUGCUGGCCGUGGGUGGAUACAGCGACAAGUUGUCUGUGCUUUUGGAGAAGGUGGUACAGAAGAUGCGUAACUUUGAAGUGGACCCUGAAAGAUUCAAGUUGCUCAAAGACCAGCUUCGCCGCUCCUACAAGAAUUUUGCCCUGGAACCGCCCUACCAGCAUGCUCUUUAUUACUUGUCAUAUUUUACGCAAGAUAAAAUGUGGACCAAUGCCGAAAAGCUAAAGGAACUCGAGGACAUCACUCCUGAAGAUGUACAAAACUUUUACCCGACCAUCUUAUCCCAUUUGCAUAUUGAAGCCUUGGUGCAUGGUAACAUUGUGAAAGAUGACGCGCAAUCCAUGUUACGCAAUGUGGUCGAUAUUUUGCAACCAAAGCAGCUGCUUCCAAGCCAGCUCAUUGGACACCGUAGCUUGAUUUUACCCAAAGGCACGAAAUGGGUGUAUCAAAAGGAAGUCGAGGAUCCCCACAAUGUCAAUUCCGGUAUUGAAUAUCUUAUUCAAGUUGGCAAUGUGACGCAGACUGAACUGCGAGCUCGUUUGAGUUUAUUGGCACAAAUCGCGCAAGAACCUUGCUUUGAUCAGUUACGCACAAAAGAGCAAUUAGGUUACCUUGUCUUCAGCGGUGUCCGUAAACAAACUGGCUCGAUGGGCAUGCGAUUCAUCAUUCAGAGUGAAAGAAACACCGUUUAUCUGGAGAACCGCAUAGAGGAAUUUUUGGUGAAGUUGCGAAAAUUAAUCGAGAACAUGACCGAUACGGAAUAUCAAGCCCAAGUGCAAUCCCUUAUUUCCAAAAAACUCGAAAAAGACAAGAAUCUCGGCCAAGAAGGUAGCAAGUAUUGGACUCAUAUUCACUCUGGAUAUUAUGAGUUUGAUCAAGUGGACAAGGACGUUCAAGAACUGAAAACGAUUGAGAAGCAAUCACUAUUGGACUUUAUGACCGAAUACAUUGAUCCGCAAUCGCCUUCAGUGCGCAAAAUCUCGGUCCAUUUGCAAUCUCAGAAAUGUCCUCAAGUCGCCAAGUACAAGGUGAACAUUGAAUCUCUCCAUACCUGUCUCCUUUCGCAAGGUGUGACGCGGUUAAGUAUCGAUGAUUUGCGCGCUGCUGUUGAACGAGGCGAAGCGGGUGAAGCUUCGAUUCAGCGCAUCCUUCGAGAGAUGCUGAUAGACGAAACGAAAGCCGACGAAAGCGAGAUUGAAUCACUCAUGUCAAAACUAGUUACUGCUAUGGGUAUGGCCGCGGCCACCGAGACGGACGAUGUUAUCAAUGGUUCGUUUGUCACUGUCGACAGCAAGAACACUGCUCGCCGUUUAUCGCUUGCCAAUGGUGAUUCCACCCCCAACAGCGGACAACAAACGCCUACGAGAGAUCAAUCAAAGCUGCCAGAGGGCAACGUGGUGAUUGCUGAUCCCGUCGACUUUAAGAGUAGAAUGGAAUUGAGUCCUGCCGCUGUUCCUUUGAUCGAUUUCUGAUUUUCAAGAGAAAGGAAAAGUUGAGAGAUAUCAAAACUUUUUCCUUAGCAAGUCUUUUCUACAAUAUUUAUCUGUUUGAUUUUAUUACCUUCUUCUUGUCUAUUACAUUUACCUUGGUGUGCAUUUGUAAUGAGUCUUUUUCUUUUUUUUCGUUAAUUUUUUCUCCACUGUCUCUUUGUAAUUAAAAGAAAAGCACAAAUUUCCACAGAUUCUACAAUGUUAACAGCAUCUCUGAAUUUGACCAAAGUAGUUCAACUUAUCCAUGUAGGUGCCCAAGUGGAGAGACGGACCCCAGAAAGAAAAACAUAAUAGAAAGGUGGAUUCAUUAGACGAGAUUACUCCCACCGGGAGGAACUGUAUAGAAUUUUGAAUACGCCUUUCGUCAAGAUAGCUCUCAAUCAUUAAGACUAUAUACAUCUCCAUGAAUUCAACGUUCUAAUAAAUUUUAAUACCCUGUAAUUGCUAGUCCUCUUUUUGCUUUUGUUGAAGACUAUCG